CUCUGUCGCUACGCGACGGCGGUGUGAUGGCGGACGCGGUGCUGGGGCGGGCGGCGCGGCUGUGGGCGCUGCUGGAUGAGAUGGCGGAGAACCAACCGCGGGCUUACCGCCGGCUGCUGCGGGAGCAGCGCGCCCAGGCAGAGCGGUUCUGCGCCCGUCCCGAGCCCCGGCUGUGCGUGCGGACUCUGCCCGCCGCGGGGAAGCCGCACCCGGGGCUCGGCCCGGCGCGGGGCGCUGCGUGCGCGCCGCUCUUCGUCAACGUCUGCGGCUGGAGGCGGGUGCCGGGCCCGGCGGAGCUCCGGGCCAGCAUCCCCGUCAUCGCGGGGCCGCUGCAGGAGGCGGCGGGCGGGGGAGAUUCUUACAGCGUAAUAGAUAUUGCUUAUAACCCAGAUGUUCUGCAGAGGAGAGAAGAAAACCCAGAAGCGAUGGAACAUUUGAUCCAUUUAACGCUUAAAUUUGUAGAGGAACAAUACAACCUUAUUCUUUCACAUUCAUACAAAAUCGAAUCUUUCAAGCUGAAAGGAAGCCCGGAAAGGAUGUGGCAACGACUGAAAGGUGGGCAGCUGCCACCACCCCACCUCGGUCAGAACACAGAGAAGGAACUGACACUCGAUCAACUGUUGCACAGCAUAGAAGCUGAGGAUCGCAGCGACGCUCCUGUCCUGCUGAAGGAAGGAAGCAUCACACAAUCUGAAGUGCAACUGAUAGAGGAAAUCAGCAGUACAGAAGUGCCAGAGGAGCUAAGCACCCCUGCCUACAAAAUGACCACUGUGAGGGAUGCAAAUAACAAGCCAGUGAGAAUUGAACUGAAAGUUGAGUUGCCUAAGGUCAGCUCUGUUUCUGAGUGUGAUCUAAGAAUUUCCAAGGAUGAUGUGAUCAUUGAUGUCCCUGAAAAAUACAAAUUACAACUAGAUCUGCCAGAAUUAGUGGAUGAAGAGAUGACGACAGCGGUAUUUAAUAAAGAAAAAGGGGUAUUGUUCAUCACAGCGCCCAUUGCCAAGCCUGGACAAUAAAGGCUGCUUUGUUUAGUUUGUGUUCUCAGAUGACAGAACUAAACAAAAGCCCAGAAUGAGAAUCCUGACUCCUGGUUGGUAAUGAAUUAAUGGACCUUCUCAUCUUCAAAGGUGAAUAUCUCAAAGGUAUAUAUAGAAAAGGAAGUCAGGAGGAAUACUGGCCCACUGAGCUUUGGAAGUAAAGACUGUAAAUACUCAAAAAAUAAUUGAACACAUUAACAGUUGUAUGUAAAUGCAUACACUUACUACAUCAUUAAUAUACAGUAGUAGCAGGGUUUUUUUUGUUGUUAAGUAAAUUAUUUUGCUUACUGGA